CAGUGGACCGAUCGAUCAGACUCGGCUCUUCAGGACUGCUUCAGCACAACGGAGUGGUGCGUGUUCCAGGAUGAUGACAUCAACACGUACACGGACGCGGUCAUCUGCUACAUUAGCAAAUGCAUCGAUGACGUCGUACCCAGGACUACAGUAAAAAAACAUUUCCCAACUAGAAGCCCUGGAUAAAUGGUGAUGUCCAUGCUAAACUCAAAGCACGGACUGCUGCUCCGGAGUGCUAUUAGCAGUGCUAAGAGACUCUACAGGGACAAAGUGGAGUCCCAUUACAAGGGCUCCAACACUAGGAACAUGUGGGCCGGACUGAGAACCAUCACAGACUACAAAGCCAAGACCUGCAGUGCUGAUGUGGUGUUUGCAUCUCUCCCAGAGGAUCUGAAGCAUAUGGACUAAUUUGUUGUGGACUCUCAGAGACUCAUUGUGAAGUCAUGGCCUCAGUUCUGAAGUCAGACCCCUCACAUCUGAGAGAACUGGAUCUGAGCUUCAACAGCCUGCAGGAUUCAGAAGUGGAGCUGCUGUUUUCUGGACUGGAGGGUCCAAACUGUCGACUGGAAACUCUGAGGUUGUGGAAAUGCAGACUGUCAGAGAUCAGCUAUUUAUCUCUGGCUUCAGCUCUGAGUUCAAACCCCUCCUAUCUGAAAGAACUGGAUCUGAGAGACAACAACCUGCAGGAUGAAGGACUAAGGCUGCUGUGUUCUGGACUGGAAAGUCCAAACUGUCGACUGGAGACUCUGAGGUUGGAGAGCUGCAGACUUGAAGAGAUCAGCUGUUUAUCUCUGGCUUCAGCUCUGAGUUCAAACCCCUCUCAUCUGAGAGAACUGGAUCUGAGGGACAACAACCUGCAGGAUGAAGGACUAAGGUUGCUGUGUUUUGGACUGGAAAGUCCAAACUGUCGACUGGAGACUCUGAGGUUGGAGAGCUGCAGACUUGAAGAGAUCAGCUGUUUAUCUUUGGCUUCAGCUCUGAGUUCAAACCCCUCCUAUCUGAAAGAACUGGAUCUGAGGAACAACAACCUGCAGGAUGAAGGACUAAGGCUGCUGUGUUCUGGACUGGAAAGUCCAAACGUGCGACUGGAGACUCUGAGGUUGGAGAGCUGCAGACUGUCAGAGAUCAGCUGUUUAUCUCUGGCUUCAGCUCUGAGUUCAAACCCCUCUCAUCUGAGAGAACUGGAUCUGAGGGAUAACAACCUGCAGGAUGAAGGACUGAUGUGGCUGUGUUCUGGACUGGAAAGUCCAAACUGUCGACUGGAGACUCUGAGGUUGGAGAGCUGCAGACUGUCAGAGAUCAGCUGUUUAUCUCUGGCUUCAGCUCUGAGUUCAAACCCCUCUCAUCUGAGAAAACUGGAUCUGAGGGACAACAACCUGCAGGAUGAAGGACUAAGGCUGCUGUAUUCUGGACUGGAAAGUCCAAACUGUCGACUGGAGACUCUGAGGUUGGAGAGCUGCAGACUGUCAGAGAUCAGCUGUUUAUCUCUGGCUUCAGCUCUGAGUUCAAACCCCUCUCAUCUUAGAGAACUGGAUCUGAGGGACAACAACCUGCAGGAUGAAGGACUGAUGUGGCUGUGUUCUGGACUGGAAAGUCCAAACUGUCGACUGGAGACUCUGAGGUUGGAGAGCUGCAAACUGUCAGAGAUCAGCUGUUUAUCUCUAGCUUCAGCUCUGAGUUCAAACCCCUCUCAUCUGAGAGAACUGAAUCUGAGGGACAACAACCUGCAGGACGAAGGACUAAGGCUGCUGUUUCCUGGACUGGGAAGUCCAAACUGUCGACUGGAGACUCUGAGGUUGGAGAGAUGCAGACUGUCAGAGAUCAGCUGUUUAUCUCUGGCUUCAGCUCUGAGUUCAAACCCCUCUCAUCUGAGAGAACUGGAUCUGAGGGACAACAACCUGCAAGACGAAGGACUAAGGCUGCUGUGUUCUGGACUGGAAAGUCCAAACUGUCGACUGGAGACUCUGAGGUUGGAGAGCUGCAGACUGUCAGAGAUCAGCUGUUCUUCUCUGGCUUCAGCUCUGAGGUUAAACCCCUCUCAUCUGAAAGAACUGGGUCUGAGUGACAACAACCUGCAGGAAGAAGGAGUGAAGGAGCUGAUCAAUCUAAAGCAGAGUUCAGGCUGUCGACUGGAGACUCUGAGGUUGAAGGGCUGCAGACUGUCAGAGAUCGGCUGUUCUUCUCUGGCUUCAGUUCUGAGGUCAAACCCCUCUCAUCUGAGAGAACUGUGUCUGACUAACAACAACCUGCAAGACUCAGCAGUGAAGGAGCUGCUUGAUCUAAAACAGAGUUCAGGCUGUCGACUGGAGACUGUGAGAUGGAGCUGGUGAUCUUUGUGGAGGUGAAUGUGAAGAGGACGGAGACUGAGCUGUGUCCUGAUGAUCCACAGAGGCUGAAGCAGCAGCAGCUUGUGUGUGGUUUCUAAUUUACACAACCCCUAAUCUGUACGCGUUAGUGAGUAGAAGCUGGAGCACCUGUUUAAAUCACAGGGAGAACGUGCCUUCCUUGCUUCCAAUUAAAACAGUCAGGAAUUUAGGAUUGAUCUUUGAUCCUGAUUUGUCCUUAAAUUCACUUUUAAAACAAAUUUCUAGGACCGCCUUCUUCCACUUGCAUAAUAUCUAAAAAAAUAGAAUUCAGGAUUACUUGUCGUCCCUAAAGUCUUUAAAAGUGGAGUAGGAGCCAGAGCUUUCAGCUAUAAAGCUCCUCUCAUGUGGAUUCAUCUCCCACGUUCAGUACGGGAUGCAGACACUAUCUCUACGUUUAAAAGUAGGCUUAAAACCUUCCUUUUUGAUAAAGCUAAUAGUUAGAGAUGGCCCAGCCUUGUCUUAGACCUGCUCUUAGUUAUGCUGCUAUAGGUCUAGAAUGUCGGGGACACAUGACACAAGGAGCUUCUCUUUCCAGCUUCUCCUUCCGCUUCUCCAUCCUUCUUCCACGGAGUCCCUUUGCCUUAUCGUCCGCAGACCCACGGCCACGGCUGCGACCACAUCGUGGACUAUAAUGGUGGAUCAAGUAUCAGUUAUCGUGAUUGUAAUGGUGUAUCUUGUAUCGUGCUAUUCUGGUCAAAAUUUCCUUACAACAGCUGCAGCAGAACAAAGCAGCACGACUGUACUGUAUUGAGUGACUUUUCCCUCUAUUCACGUGAGCCGCUAAUGCUGCAUUGUGUCUGUGUCAGAUGGAAAUUCAGUAGCCUAUAAUAUUAAAAUUUCUUGUUUUGAGUAGCCUCUGUGCAGGGAAUCCAACACGUGACAAACAUGGAUGUGAUAGUUCUCAUGAAGCAAGCAGUCAUCUCUCUUGCCGUGAUCACGACAUCAGCUCUGGACCAUGUUCACGAUGACAAGAAUAAAACUUUUCCCCCUGCUAAA